CUGCACUAUGCGACAGUGAUGAACAGGAGAGCUUGUCUGCUAAUGGCAGCCAUGGCCUGGAGCACGGCUCUUCUGAACUCUGCCCUGCACACGGGGAACACCUUUAGGCUGCCCUUCUGCCACUCCAACAACAUCAACCAGUUCUUCUGUGAAAUCCCCCAGCUCCUUAGGAUCUCUGGCUCGGAGGUGUUUACUAGUGAAAUUCAGAGUCUCAUAUCUGGUGUAUGUUUAGGUUUUGCUUGUAUUGGAUUUAUAUUUGUGUCUUAUAUUCAGAUAUUCACUACUGUACUGAGAAUCCCCUCUGAGCAGGGCCGGCAUAAAGCAGUUUCCACCUGCCUUCCCCACCUCAUUGUUGUCGCCUUGCUGGGAAGCACUGCUCUGAUUGCAUAUAUGAAACCCACAUCUGGGUCCCCAUCAGCCCUGGACCUCGUGGUGUCUGUUCUGUAUUCUAUGAUCCCACCAAUGAUGAAUCCGGAGGCAGUCAGGAAGACCAAGGCAGAGAUGGAGAUGGGGCUGGCCACCAGAAUUAAGGAUAACAAAAAGUCCUUUUUCAAGUCCGUAGGGAGUGAGAAGAAGGCACCGGGUUCAGGCUUGAAAUCGGGAGGCAUUAUUUUACGGUUCAAGCUGCGAGGCUCUGGAACGGGCUCCUAA